UCUAUAGACUCUAUACCCUUCUUUUUAUAGAACUGCACAACAUUGGAAGCCCAAACGUGUGUGCCAAUAGAAAAUGUCCCGCCAGUUGAGUUUGUCACUCGGGAACCCAAACCCACAAAGCCGAAAAGACACAGACUUUGGCGCUACAAAGGAGACAACUACUGGACUUGCCGACAUUCUUGAGCUCUGGGAAGGUGCCUUACUUGCUCAUAUGUAUGAAGGAUUCUUAUAUUUUUACCUUGUUUAUUCAGUGGGGGCUAGGCUUUACUGGAGAUGUGAUAAUUAGGCACCCAAUAGCUGCUUGAGCUUGAGGCUUGAGGCUUGAGGCUUGAAAGCCAGACAAUAAUUCAGGAUGCAUCAUUUCAGGAGGGAGAAAAGAGCACAUGGAAGCUGAAUAAAAAGAGGGGUCUGGGUCAUGCUGAUUUGUGUUCUAUGAUUAAAUUAUCCUGCCUUCCUCUGUUCUCAUGGCCCGUGCAAAGAGAAUGAUUGAGCGCCCAUCAGUUUCUUAUGAGGUGGAACUCGCUGAGAGGGAAUCAUCAGCGGAGCAAUCAAUUGAAGCUGAAGCUAAUGAUACUGCACGUCUUCUUGCUGAUCAAUUGAGCAAAGAGAGUGAGAAAAAGAAGGAUCUUCUUCUAUCAACUUUUAUCCCUAUCACCUUCACUAAAGAAGUUGGUGAAUCUUCAUUGAGCUCAGGUGACCCUUCUAAACAUUAUACAUUAGGUCCAGCUUUCGUAGGUCCUGCACCUAACAAAUUCCUGCAAUAUUUUCCUUCUUGUAAGAAUGGAUCACCAUUGUAUCAAACAACAUAUUUUGACUGGGGCAUCUGGAACAACAUAAUCUCGAUUGCUUCAUGGUAUCAUUGUGAUCAGACCUGGUCUGCCUGGGUUUCUAGGAUGCAUGCCAUUUUGAAAGACAAGUGGGUUGAUUUGGGUAUUUGUGAGGCAAUUUGCAGUUCUCAAUUUGAAAUGCCUCUUAAUCAGCCCCUAAUUGCGGCUUUGUUGUUAUUUUGGUCUCCCGUGACCAAUACUUUUCACUUUCCAGAGGGGUUUAUGACCAUCACUAUUGCUGACGUGGUUAGUAUGCUGGGAUUAUCAGCAAUUGGGGAUGUUCCUUACCCAGGCUAUUCUCCUCCAGGUGUUGAGUCAUAUCAUUGCCCUACUAAAGGAAGUGACUUAGGAUAUCAAGCGUUUUUGAAGAGAGAGGUGAGAUAUGAUGACGAGAUCACUUUCCAAGAGGAGUGUUCUUUCUAUCUCUAUUGGAUUUGCAAAUUUCUCGUUUGCAAUCCAUCAAAACGUAUUCUUCAACAAUUUGUGCCACUAGCUGUUGCGCUUGCUAAAAGGAAGAAAUUAGCUUUGGCCCCAUAUUUUGUGGCCAAUCUAUAUCGAGCUCUUUAUUCUCUAACUGGAGAAAACCUUUCAAAGUCGAUUGGUGGUCCUCUUUGGUUCCUCCAGAUUUGGGCUUAUGCAUAUUUCCCUAUCUUAGCUCCAAUUAUUACAGAUUAUGGGAAAUCUAAACCUAUUAAUUAUGCCCAAAUGUGGAUGGAGGCUAGGUAUGAGAAAGGAAUAACCCCAACAUUCAAGAGGUGCUUUGAAGUUUUCUUUGAUAUCCAUAGGUCAAGAUUGGACUUCGAUUUCAUGCCAUUCUUUGAGAGGAAAUUUGGCUCGAAGGAAUUUCUGAUAAUGUCCUCGACCAUGGAAGAGCCCGACGAUAUGAUUCAACAGGUUUGGGGCAGCUGUCUUUUUUCUCGAGAGUUGAUCACAUAUGGAGUUAAAAAGGCUGGCACUGAAAUCUAUGCCCCAUCUCUGGUUGCUCGACAAUUUGGGCUGGUGCAAUCAAUCCCAGCUCCCCCCACAUGGACAAUCAACGACCCUUGGAAUACUCGAAUCCAAGUGCCAGGGAAUAUCUUGGAGACUUUAGCUGCUGAUUGUGAGGGAGCAGUGACCAGGUUUAAAUUCAGACAUUUUCAACAACUGCCAAAAGCCACAGAUACCUUCAACACUUGGUGGGCUACAUAUAUGGCCUCAAAAAAUGAUCCUGGGAUUAUGAAGCAAGCAGUAAGAAAUCAUUGCCCUGCAUUUGCUCUCGAGGAAACACUUGGAGAUGUCAUCUCAACCUCUUACCAAGAGCCUUCAGAAGGUGACAACUUGAAGGUCUUCACUGUCCUCUCUCCUGUGCCUCUUCAACAAGUGUCUCCUCGACGGUCCCUAAGGCGAAAACAGGUAGAUGCCAAGAGAAAGCUUCAAGUUGAGGAAGAAGUUGAUGCUGAGAGGAGAACUAAAAAGAAUAAUGUCACAGAGAUUGAGGCUGAUCUCUUAAAGCUUGUAGAAAUGCAGGCGGAGGUGGACAAACAAAUUGCUGCUCUUAAAAAAGUAAAAAAUGAAUUUGAAGAAGAGCAUAGGAGUUUGAUCAAAAAGAAAUUUGAGGAUGAGAGCAAAUUUGAAAAGAAAAGGAAGGUUGAUGAAGAGCUUCCUAAAAAGAAAGGGAAGAGACAGAAGGAUAAAGAAGAUGCGGGAGAUAUGGACGAAGAGGGGAGGAAGAAAAAGGAAUUGAUUAGCAAAAAGGAAGAAGAAGAAAAAGAACGGAAAAAUAAAUUUUCUGAAUCAUUUGAGAAAAAGCAAAGAGAAGAAGAAGAGAGUAAAAUAAAAGAAGCAGAAGAUAAGAGGAAGAAAAUUGAGGAGGAACAAAGGCAGGAAGGAAAAGAAAGAAGGAAGGAGGAAGAAACGAAUACAAAGGAAAAAGAAGAGCACAUGAGGAAGGUAGCAGAGGAAAAUGAAGAGGAGGAAAGAAAAAGAAAAGAAAAGGGCGAAAAGAAAAAAGGAGAGGGGAGAAAGAAGAAAAAAGAGGAAGAAAGAAAAAGGCAAGAAAAAGAGAAGAAGCAGAUUAAAGCAAAGAAAAGAAGGAAAGAAGGGGGAAUUGAUGCCACUCUUGGCAGAGAACCCUUGGCCCUUGAUCAGCCAGACGUUGGGCUAUCCACCCCGUUAGACUCAUUGGGCUCUUACUCAAAAGAACCUCUACCAUUCUCGACUGAGGCUGGAACCCUCAAUUAUCUACUCAAGCAGGCCAAAUUGACUUGUCUCACACUUGAUGAGCCUUCAAAUUCAUCUUCUUCGGCCUCUGGUGCAACUUCUGAACCUUCUCAAGAGAGGCUAGAAGAGGCUUUGGUAGAUUUGAAUAGCUGUUUCAGACUUGGUAUUGAGAAAGUGUUGCUCAACACUGAAGUUCUUAAUAAGUUUAAGUCUUCAUCAAAGAUUCUUCUUCAGCAUCGCUUUUUUCUCUCCGAAAUUAGACAGAGCGUACUUAGACUUUUCUGCAAUAACUUGGUUAAUACCUCAAAGCAUUUGAAGUUGAAGCAAAAAAAGGAGAAAGAAUGUAUUGAGUUGAGGAACCAACAGAGGAGGUUGAUCGAGACCCGAGAAACCUAUAAGCUUCAACUAAAUGUGCUUGUGGAGCAAAUCAGCGAGAAGGUUAAAAGAAGGGAACAAAUGGAGCAGGAGCUUAUGGUUCUGAAUGCAGAAAUCACUGAAGCUCAAUCUAAGCUCCAUCAUCUUCAAACUCAAAAGGCCACAGUUUGUGAAGAGUUAAGCGAGCUACCAAAGACUGAAGAAACACUUGAGAGGCAACUUCGAGACAUUUCAAAGUACGAGGAAUAUGUAGAAGAUGGCUGGAGGGUGCUUCUUUCUAUUUUUGAUUUCUCUCCAUAAGUACUUAUGCUUUAAGCCAGUUUUUUGGUUCUUUUAAUUGUAAUUUAAAAUUAGAGCAGUUUAUGCUCAUUUUCUUGAAGCUAGGUGUGCAGGACUUUUUAAGUAUUUUCCAUUUAUUGAUCUUAUAUGCUCACUGCUGUCAUUCUACAUCAAUCGAUAGUUAUUCCUAUUAA